GAUUCGUCGUGCUGGUGAUCGAUGGAUGUUACGUGGACCUAUUGAGUAUGUACCUCCUGUUGAGGUGGAGGUGGUAACUCGUCGAAAUAUCAUUCCUCUUGAUUGCAAUGAGGGUAUCUAUGUUCGUAAUACACAGACAGGACAGGUUCGAGCUGUUAUUGGUCAAGCCUACAUGUUGAACCAAGAUGAGGAGUUGUGGGAAAAGAAACUUCCGACUGAGGUUGUCCAGUUGUUGGAAAGAAAUAUGGACCCAUUUGCGGAUCGUGGAGUUCGGUCCAUGCAGGACUCAUGUGAAUGUCUUGAUCCAACUCGUGUAGUUACUUUCCGUGUUCCACACAAUGCUGCGGCCCAAGUCUACAAUUACAAGAAUAAAAGGGCGAGAGUUGAGUUUGGACCAAAUUUAGUUAUGUUAGAUCCAGAUGAACAGUUUACUCGUCUGAGUUUGAGUGGUGGGAAACCGAAGAAACCGAACGUGAUUAAAAGUCUUUGUUUAUUGUUAGGCCCAGAUUUCUGUACAGAUGUUGUGAUUGUUGAGACGGCGGAUCAUGCUCGCUUGUCUUUACAACUGUCAUACAACUGGAUGUUUGAUGUGUCUUCAUUGUGCAGUGAGGCAGAUGCUGCUAAAUUAUUCUCAGUACCAGAUUUCAUUGGUGAUGCGUGUAAAGCUAUUGCUUCUCGUGUUCGUGGGACUGUUGCAUCUGUUCACUUUGAUGAUUUUCAUAAGAAUUCGUCACGGAUAAUUCGUGCAUCCGUUUUUGGAUUGGAUGAAGCGGGAAAGAUUCGAGAUCGAUUUGUUUUCCCACAAAACAACCUGCAUAUUACAAGUGUUGAUGUCCAGUCUGUAGAGCCAGUAGACCAACGAACUCGAGAUUCAUUGCAGAAAUCAGUUCAACUCGCCAUUGAGAUAACGACGAAUUCUCAAGAAGCAGCUGCUCGUCAUGAAGCCGAAAGAAUUGAACAAGAAUCGAAAGGUCGAUUGGAAAGGCAGAGGAUUGAAGAUGAGACGGCUGCUGAAGAAUCUCGACGCAAAUUGCUUGAAGUUCGUGUGCAACUAGCUGCCAUCGAAAGCAGUAGCCAAGCGAAGCAGAAGCAGAGAGUCGAGCUGAGGCGAACCGUAUUUCGAGUCAAGCUGCUGUAGAAGAAGCCAAACUUCGUGCUGAAGCUUUGUCUAUUGAAACGAAUGCAGAGUUAGAAAGGCUGAAGCUAGCUCGAGCUGCUGAAAUCGCUUAUAUGAAGGAAAAGAAUGAGGUGGCUUUGAAGUAUAAGGCUGAUGAGAUGGAAAUUGAGAAGUCACGUUUUGUUACGAUGAUCAAUGCGAUAGGCACAGAUACCCUACGUGCGAUGGCAACUGCGGAAUCAGACCAUAAUUUGCGCAUGCUGAGCGCUUUAGGUCUACAGAGUACAUUGAUUACCGAUGGUACGACACCAGUGAAUUUAUUGAGCACUGCUCAUGGUCUUAUCGGUUCGGUUUUUGAAAAUCCAUCCGUAAGCUAGCUAAAGAUGCAAGUGGUGGUGGUGGUGGUGGUGUUGGUGUUGGUGAUGACAAUGAAAAGGGCAAAUGAGUUGAUAGUGUUUGGAAGCAAACUUCUCAUUAUUGUUCUAUUCUUUUAAUUAGGAAUAUAUUUGAUCAUUCGCCAUGUGAUUCACUCAGUUGCUUUUGCUGUCUUUUGUUUUGGCAAACAAUCCAAUAUUUUCAUUUUUUGUAAUGUUUUAUGAUACUUCCUGUGAUCGACUAUGCAUCCUAGUGCAUAUAGGUUUUUAUCUAAUCUAUACAGUUUGUUCUCCUUUGUGAUACAUAUGUAUAUCCGCGUCUUUCAUAAAUCUGUUGUUUUUAUAUUAUUU